AUGGCUCGCCAUUUGGAAAUUUCUGUUAAAUUCGUAUAUAUCACCUUACUGUACUAUUUACUGGCAUCUAUUGUUAAAAUUAUCGGUAUUAAAGCAAAUGAGAACAAAUUUAUGAUCAAUAAUAAUGUAACCAUAUCAAAAAAUGCAUCCACCAUUACUAUCAAUGCUACUUAUUCUGAAAAGAUAAGUGUUAAAGAUGACAUCAAGGAUGACCGUACCGCAAAAUCAUCAAAUGAAGGAAAGGUAACAAAUUUAAUAAACGAUGGCGAGAAAAUUGACCAAUCGCAAACAACUGCUGCUACAACUACUGCUGCUACAACUACUGCUGCUACAACUACUACUGCUGCUGCUACAACUACUACUGCUGCUGCUAAUACUACUAGUUGUACUAAUGAAAAUGAUACUGUUACCACCGCUGUUACCAGGCAAGAAUCAUCAAAUCAAGGAACUUUUGUAACUGAAAAAACUUCGGAAAAAACUGAGCUAAAUUCUGUGUCCGAAUCAGAAACUAUAAUGGUGUCAGAAGUGGUUUCUUCAGCGUCAACAUUUUCUACUAUAACAUCUACUUCAUCAUCGUCACCACCCUUAUCAACAUCAUUCUCAUCAUCACCAUCGUCAUUGAUAUUAUCACUUUCAUCAACGCUAACAACAACUGAAACAACAACGUCAGAAACAUCACCAACGACAAGCGUAAAUCAAAUGGCCCAAUUGAUUAGCCCUACUCUAAUUACCGAAAUCAAAGGCAAAGGCCCUAAUAUACCCCUUAUUAUUGGCCUCGUAGUUGCGUCAGUACCACUUUUAGUUGUGGCGAUAUGCGUCAUCAAAGCCGCUGUAGUCACUAUUCAUUCGAAAGUUGCUUCGACCGGAUAG